AAACACCCUUUCUCCUCCUUCAAUCAAGUUCGAAUUUUGAUAAGUGAAAAACCAACCCAUCUCGCCGUAAUAGCCAUAGCAAGUGUGAAUUGAAGAAAACAAUGCUUCCUCAGCGCAUGAAGAAAGCUAUUACUGAUAACCCUAAAAAACUUGCUAACUUGAUUGAUCUUGUUAAUCUUCCUUCUACUCUCAGAGAAUUUGUUGGUCAAUCUCAGACUUCUCGUUUGUCUUGUUUCAUGCGUGUUUGGUCCUACAUCAAAACCAACAAUCUUCAGGAUCCAAACAAUAAGAAUGUGGUCAACUGUGAUGAGAAAUUGAAAGGUAUUUUACUUGGGCAACCUCAAGUUGAGUUAGCAGAACUUCCAGCACUUAUCAAGCUGCAUUUUCCAAAAGAGCCCAAGUGAUGUGUGUGACACGAAUCAAGAUAUCUGUUGUAUCACCAUUGGAAAGCACACAUACUCUUCUUCAAGAUGAGUCUCAAUUGUUUCGUGCUUUGCUUUUCCCCCUUAGAUUCUUCAAUACAUUAGUAUAGGAACCUAGCAGUUGAAGCACCAAAUCGGCAGUUUUAUUUAUGCUGUCUGUAUGAAUGGAUUAAUUUUAUUACAUGAUUUUGUGUAUUCAUAAAUUGAGUGUACUAUCAUGUAUGCCGAGUCAUUUUAUUUUUCCUUAGAAUUGGAACCUUUGCAGCGGCUGCAGAACUAUUUUAUCUAAAUCUAAAUUCAGCUGCUUUCAUCUAGAUUUAGACUUAACGGCUCUUCAGUCGUUGCAAAGGAUCUGGAUUCACAAAAACUAUGGCUUGCUUUUUUAUUACUUGUGCACAUAAUAUUUUUCUACCAUGAGCUUCGUAUAUCAAUCAUCUUCAACUGCAUGUAACUAUUAUUUCUAAUUUGAGUGAUUUCUUACAUUCAA